AGCUCAGCAUACUUGGUGUGUCCCGGUGUAUGCGAGCCACUUUCCUUUAGACCUCCUCGUUGUUCGCUCAUUAUACCUUCACAAGCUGCCCCUCGUUUAUCCUUUCGUCCUUACCCCUCCCACCUAGUAACCUAUCUCUAUCGCGACCCUCUAACCCGCAGCGUGGCGUUAGCAGCAUCAUGGUUGACAGUAAGGUCCCUCAGCCGGGACCGGCCAAGUUGAAGCGCAAUGCAGGCCCCGACGAGUGGCUUGAGGCGGCAAAGGACUGCAAGUACCUUUCCGAGGCCCACAUGAAACAACUUUGCGAGAUCGUGAAGGAGUUCAUGAUGGAAGAAUCGAACAUCCAGCCCGUAUCAACCCCGGUCACAAUCUGUGGAGAUAUUCACGGGCAAUUCUACGAUCUGCUUGAACUAUUCAGGGUCUCCGGCGGAAUGCCUAAUGAAUCGGAAGUCGAACCGCCCAAGACAUUUCCCUCAGUCAUCACGUCCGACGAUAUUGAGCCCCCGUCCACCAUCAGUGAUCCUAAACUACGGAAGAAGCUCAGAAAUUCAGGAGGCGGGGAAGGCGGCGACGAUACAGCCUCGGUCAGCAGUCAACGGGGUCGUUCUUCGAGCGCAGGCUCGAAUGAAGUAACUCUGAACCGCAAUUUCGUUUUCCUCGGCGACUACGUCGACCGGGGUUAUUUCAGCUUGGAGACCCUGACGCUCCUACUCUGCCUCAAGGCUAAAUACCCUGACCGAGUUACGUUGGUGCGUGGUAAUCACGAAUCCCGCCAGAUCACCCAGGUAUACGGCUUCUACGAGGAGUGCUUCCAGAAGUAUGGCAACGCCUCUGUGUGGAAGGCUUGCUGCCAAGUCUUCGACUUCAUGACGCUAGGCGCCAUCAUUGACGGCAGGGUGCUGUGUGUACACGGAGGACUGAGCCCGGAAAUUCGAACGCUUGAUCAAGUCCGUGUUGUCGCCCGAGCGCAAGAGAUCCCCCACGAGGGUGCCUUCUGUGAUCUGGUCUGGUCGGACCCGGAUGAUGUUGAAACUUGGGCUGUCAGUCCACGAGGAGCCGGCUGGCUCUUCGGCGACAAAGUUGCCGACGAAUUCUGCCACGUCAACGACCUGACCCUAAUCGCGCGAGCGCAUCAGUUGGUGAACGAGGGCUACAAGUACCACUUCACCAACCAGAACGUGGUUACGGUAUGGAGUGCGCCCAACUACUGCUACCGCUGCGGGAACCUCGCCUCGGUUUGCGAGAUCAACGACGACCUCAAGCCGACGUUCAAGCUCUUCAGUGCAGUGAGCGACGAUCAACGACAUGUUCCGACAUCGCGGCCGGGCCGCAGCGAAUACUUUCUGUAAAAUUAUGACGUUGCUAUUUGUUUUUAUGGGGCUUGCUUGAUCUCCGUGGAUAUCUCCAGGGUUUAACCGCACCGGCGCUGGCGUUGGGAGUGAAUUACAGGAUGGUGCUCACGCUCAAGUUGGGUAUGGGCAAAGUGAUGGACUGCAUACAUAACGACCGAGGGACCUUAAUGAAGUCAUUAUUACCAAUUCUCUAAAGAUUUUUGUUUCUAGGAUACUCUGAGAUGGGAUGAAUUGGAUUAUCUUUGGCGACUAUACAGACUCC